CCUAUACGUCCUGGAAAUCUGGUGUGAACCUCAGGCUAUCAGAUAACACAGUAAUGGUGUGUCAAUGUGUGUGACUGGAUUUGUGUAAGUGUGUAUGUGGAAGGGGUGGAGAGAAAGGAAAAGGAGAGAGAGCACCUGAAAUUAAAGGCAGGGGCAUAGUUCUCCUCCCAUUCUUUCAAUGCGAGGUAAAACAAACCACAUACAAUGCACAGAAGCCCCAGGAUGAGAUCUGGCUGGAUUAAAGGAUUACUUUUGGUCUUAGCUGUGGCUACGGCUCUGGUAUACCUCGGCUCCAUUAAGAGGGAAGUACAUACCCAUUCGGAGAGACUCCAGAGGGCCCACCAUAAUGACUCCAUCAGGGGUCAGGGAAUGCUCAAGAGGAUGGAGAAGAUGGAGGCAGACAUUAACAGGCUGCUCGGUGUAAUGAAUAAUCUCGAAAAGAAGGAACCAGCGCCACAGAUGAUUGCAGAGGUGAAGAAGGAGAGGAAGCUGGUGAGGAAGUUGUAUCCAAACUCGGCUCUGUUCAGCAAGUGGGGCGAUGAGCUGUCAGAGGAGGAGCAGAAGGAGGCCGAGAGCUUGUUUCAGAGAUAUGGCUACAACGCCUUCCUCAGUGACAGGCUGCCCCUCAACAGAGAGAUCCCUGACACCAGGCCCCUCAGGUGUGCUGAGAAAAAGUACCCUGAGGAUCUGCCCACAGUCAGCGUUGUGUUAAUCUUCCUGGACGAAGCUCUUUCUGUCAUCAAAAGAGCCAUCCGCAGCAUCAUAGACAAGACACCAGCUCGGCUGCUGAAAGAAAUCAUACUGGUGGACGAUCACAGCACUAACGAGGAUUUAAUGGAGAAACUGGAUGAAUACAUCAACUCCAUCAACGAGGAGUAUCCAGGCCUGGUGAAGAAAGUCAGGCACGCUGAACAGCUCGGCCUCACCCAGGCCAGACUGUCGGGUUGGAAAGCUGCUGUAGGGGACGUCGUUGCCAUCUUGGAUGCUCACAUAGAAGUCCACGUGCAAUGGGCAGAGCCAUUGUUAGCACGCAUCAAAGAGGAUCGGACUGUGAUAUUGACACCAGUGUUCGACAACGUCAGAUUUGAUGACUUGACACUGAUUCCCUAUGUGCCCGCUGCGGACGCCUUCGACUGGGCUCUGUGGUGCAUGUAUGAGUCCUUCAGACCUGAGUGGUACGCUUUAAAGGACGAGUCGCUGCCUGGCAAGAGCCCCUCCAUCAUGGGGAUUCUUGUAGCCGAUCGCAAGUUCUUCGGAGAGAUCGGAAGCCUUGAUGGUGGAAUGAAAAUAUAUGGUGGUGAAAAUGUGGAGCUCGGCAUCCGGGUGUGGCUAUGUGGAGGAAGCGUAGAAGUUAUACCUUGCUCUAAAAUUGCACACAUUGAGCGAGCCAGAAAGCCUUACCUCCCAGAUUUGAGUGUAACCAUGAAACGUAACGCGUUGAGAGUGGCAGAGGUGUGGCUGGAUGAAUAUAAAUACAAUGUCAACAUUGCCUGGAACCUUCCCUUGGAGAAUCAUGGCAUCGACAUUGGGGAUGUGUCCGAGAGGAAAAAGCUGAGAGAGAGGCUGAAUUGCAAGCCUUUUAAGUGGUAUCUAGAUAAUGUUUACCCCAUGCUGGACCCUCUGCACAACCUGCUAGGUUAUGGAGGGCUGACGAAUGACAUUAAGCCAGAGCUCUGUAUUGACCAAGGCCCAAUGCCAGGGAACACACCCAUUGUGUAUGCCUGCCACCACUACUCACCUCAGCACUGUUAUUAUCGUACUGAUGGACAACUUUACAUCGGUGGAAUCAAAUCCCACAAGUACAACAGCAACCGCUGUCUGGUGGACACCGGCACUGGAAUCUACCCGGGACUGUACGAGUGCAAAGUAGCCCAGCAGAAGAAAUUCCACAUGCUGUGGGAUUUUAAACAGAACGGACCUAUCCAGAACAGAGAAACAAAGAGAUGUCUGGAAGUUGCGAUGGGUGAAGACAGCUAUUACAAACUUGUUAUUCAGCAGUGCAGUGGUCAGAGCUGGAAGAUACAAAAUCUCAUCAAAGGCCAUUGAAAGAUUGGUGGACAGGGCCCAGAAGACAAGACAUUGUUGCACAAAAAACUGCACCUCAUGUCAGAGAAAGAUCUAGAAUGACUGCUUGUCUCUGGGGUGACUUGACAUUUUGCACUAGAUCACGGAGAGGAAGUGAUCAUUUUUAUUUUAUUCUUAGUUUUUUUUAUUUGUAAUUUAUCAUUGUGACACAAAAUAUUGAGUACAAAAGGGUGCUCAUAUUAUUUUCUGUUAGUUUUUGUGUGAAAUUCUGUCAUGCUGUGGAUGAUUUUGAAUACUCCCCAGAGCAUCCUAAAUGACCUACCGAUCGUUUUUCUCAUCAGCACGCAAGUUUAAUGUAAAGUUCGUUUAAAAAAAAAAGAACAAAACUCCCUGAGAGUUUAACACACCAACCUUCCUUUCUAUAUCAGACAAAACAUCCCUCAGGGUACGUUAAACUCUUUUCAGCCUAUUCUUUACAGACAAACAGUAGUUCCAGUGAAGCAUGUCGCAUUGAAUUUAAAUGAAGGCGCUAAUGGCCAAUAUGUUUGACUUAAAUUAUGUCUUUACAUAAUAGUGCUAAAGUAAAGCAAACAGGAUCUGUUUGUGUCGCCGUCAUGACUGAUCAACAAUGAAGGCAUCCCAUUUUCUCUGCCACAUGGCGUAACCUGUGUCUUUCAGUUGAGCUGGCAGGGAGCUGUACCUGCAGGCAGAAAAAAACUCAUAUUAUAAAAGGUUGGAAUAUUAUUGGAAAAGUUAAUUAUAGGCUUUUAACGUGGGCUUGCUUGGCUAAAAAUAUCCACAAGUUUUACACCAUAAACUAGGAAUCAUAUUCUUUACUACUUUCAAAGCCUAAACUUCCUACAGCCUUUGAUUUCUAUUAAUUUCUGAUAUGAACUUGCUUUUAUCACAAGAUCAAUAUUUUCAUAUAGUUCUUGCAGAAGACAUUCGUUCAUCACAUACAUUAUUCUUGUGCUGCAACAGUUUUAAGAGAUCCCUUUGAAUUUCUCUCUGGUGAUUCAUUCAAAGAACAGAAGACAAUCAGUAAGCAAAUAUGCACAUUGUGUAAAAGACAAUGACAUUUUGGUUGUUUCUUGGAAUACAAAUGUCAGUAUUCUGGGGCCUGUUUCACAAAAACAUUAUUGUACAACCUGUGUUCACACCACUAUUUAAUGUCAAAGUGGCUCUGUUAUAGUCAUACUUAAGAGCUUUGAUAUUAAAGUUCCUUUUUAAGUAUGCUUUAACUA